CGCGUAACGGCUCGUCAAUAAAUUAAUUAUAGCAUGGCAGAGAAACGCAGACUCUCCGCCCGCGAACGUCGCGAACCCGCGGCGAAGCGACGAGCUUCCGAAGCCGUUUCUCGACCAUCCCCUCAACCUCAACAGUCCUCCAGAAAGAAGGCUUCUACUCCAGUUGUCGUCCCUUCACCACCACCGAUACCCCCGGAACCUACCGAAACCCCUUUGCCUACAAAGAUAAAGGAUGGAGAGGGUCUUCCGACUACGGCCUCGCCGCAAUCAACCAGUCUCACGGCGAUAGAGUAUCAGUCGUUCGCAGAAAGUGCGGUUCUUUUAGCUUCCUUGGAACGAUCGAAGAAGAAAUGGUUAAGCGAUGGCAUCCUGGAGAGAUACUGGACCAAACCCAAGAAAACAAAGAGGGAGCAAAUUGAAGGGAAAAAUCCACCUAAGGAGACUAUGUCGAAGGUUGGAGCUUGCAACAUCGUGGUUGGACCUCAUCUCUUCGACGCGAUGCUGUACACUGUCAAAGAUCCCAAUGCGCCGCCGCCGAUCCAAUACACCACCCCCCAACGCCCGAUGGUCCACUACGGCCACCCGAACAACUUCCAACAAUACCACCCCUAUCCUCACUCUCCUGCUCCAUCCCAGAAUGCACGACAACAUUCCACCCAGGGCUCUCCGGCGACCCCGGGAACACCUCAGCCCGGUUACUCUUCUGGCAGUCACCCACCCCCUUCGCAUCCCGCUCGAACCCCGAGUCAGCCACCCCACCGUGCUCCUGGCCCCCAGUCUGCGCAACGACCAUCACCCUCACAGAAUCCUCAAUCCGCUCAGCCGCCAAAGCCUAGUCCUGACCCCGUCAUUCAGAUGCUUGCAACACGAGCUGCUUCCGACCCUGACCUGAAAGCCUUAAUGCGAGUGGUGGCGUCGAGCAAAGCGUCCCAAGAGCAACUGCGUGCUUUCCAGGCUCACAUCGACGAACUCAACGCGAUCAUUCGUGCAAGGGAACAGCAGCAGCAACGACAACAGCAGCAGCAGCAGCAGCAGCGACAGUCUCAGCCUUCCACUGCUGCCCAUCCGCCCCCUUCUCGACCGUCACAGCCUCCACCACAAACCCCCCAGCCUCAGCAAACGCCGCAACAGUCGCAAUCUCAGUCCUCACAAAAGCCUCCUCAGCAACCGGUUCAACAAAAAUCUCAAGGGCAGCCACAACCUCAGACUUCGCCGCGUGUUGAGGUACAAGUUCCGAAACCCUCCCCGUCCGCCGCCUCUGCCCACCCUAGCUCAACCCCGAAUCCAUCACAGCCACCCCAGACUCCCACUCCUCAGGCACCGAAACCGACACCCCCGGCUUCAAUAAAACAAGAACCAGGUGUGGCGACGUCAGGCCAAUCCACUUCUCAGCCGGUAUCGAGCCCCAAUGUUACUCCAGCUCCGGCCGCUACCCCGGAUCCGCAAAAGCAGUCAAGCCCCGCUGUACGGCCUAUGCCACCUCAACAACAGCAGCCCGGUCCGCGACCGGGACCCCCAUACCCACCAUAUCAACAGGCUUCCUACCAAGGCCAUCCACCUGCUAUACAAUCUCGUCCUCCGCAAUAUGGGUCGCCGGCACCGUAUUAUCGCCCAGCGCCACCACCGCCCCCUCCAAGGCUCAACUACAAAUCUGUGGUCUUUGAAUUUACGUCGCCACUGACUCCAUAUGGUAGUAGUACUUCCGGACAUGCAGGUUCAGGUGACCGCUAUCUAUUUCCCGAGUACACGAUCUUGGAAUGGCUCCCUGGAGGUAAUACUGUUCUUGCAUCAUUUUUACUCGUGAAAAAGGUGGAUCCAAACACACCCUUUCCCCUAGAAUCAGCCUCUGAGACAACCACUUCACGAGCUAAAGGAAAGGCCUCGAAGUCCAAGUCUAAGAAGGCGGACAAGAAUAAGGAGCAAGCUAGCGAGGUAGACAAGGAGAAGGAUAAUGACAAAGACAAAUCAAAAGAGAAGGCCGAUAAUAAACCCGAGCCUUCUGCCACUGAUGCCAAACCUGACGGCGAUAAAGCCGCAGGCAGUGCCCAACCCGAACAGAAAGCCGAAUCAUCCGCAACACCCAACAAAUCCUCCGCCGACAAAGAAGAUUCAAAGGGCAAGAAAGGAGACGCCAAGGACACCUCAAAUCUCAAGGAAUGGUACCAACCCGUCACAUUCCGCAUCUUCAGCAACAACCCCAAAGUCCUCGAGCCUCUAAGCCGUGUCGUGAAACCCCCAGAGGAGGUGCGCAAGCACAUGAACGAAAUCAUGGACCGAGCGGAACGUGCCCCUGAAGGAUUCCUGGCAUAUCGUCUACCCCAUGAAGAGCAGGACGAUAACCAGGGUCGCGAGGCAGAGGAUACAAAGAAGAGCGGAACGCCAGUCCCUGGUGGACGUGGCCGGUUACAAUCCAGAAGCAAAACAAUAGAUGAGGAAUCCGACAUCGAGAACAUUGACAAACCCGCUGCGGAAGAGGAAGAGGAAGAGGAAUUAAAGGAUUACUAUGGCCCACCCACUGGACUUCCGCCUUUGGGUGCGUGAGAGAUAGAUACAAAACGUCCAUAGGAGACGCAGAACUAGAUUAAUGCAUUCAGGAUAUG